AUGAAGCCUGAAAAAGCCUACCUAGGAGUUGUACUGGUAUCUUACGUAUACAUAGCAGUAGCCCUUGCGACUAUAUGGAAAUUUUGGACUGAUCCUUUAAGAUUGUACUACUUGAGCGCUGUUUUACUUGCACCAGUGCCCUUUUGGCUCUGGAGUGUGAUAUCUUGGACAGGAGCUGAGAUAUUUGCCCAUGCCAAACGAGAAUAA